AUGGGCGAGGCGGGCGGCGCUGAGGAGGCCCACCGGCUUAUGGGAGCUAAAGAAGAAUUUGUUAAAGUCCGGAAGAAGGAUCUGGAACGGCUGACAACUGAAGUGAUGCAAAUACGGGACUUUUUACCCAGAAUAUUAAAUGGGGAAGUCCUGGAAAGCUUCCAGAAAUUAAAGAUUGUAGAAAAAAACCUAGAAAGGAAGGAGCAAGAAUUAGAGCAACUGAGAAUGGACUGUGAGCACUUUAAAGCACGCCUGGAGACUGUGCAAGCCGACAGCAUGAAAGAGAAGAAGGAGAAACUGGCUCUUCGCCAGCAGCUGAAUGAAGCGAAGCAGCAACUCCUGCAGCAGGCAGAGUAUUGCACAGAGAUGGGGGCAGCAGCCUGCACUCUGCUCUGGGGCGUGUCCAGCAGUGAGGAGGUCGUCAAAGCCAUUCUGGGAGGAGAUAAAGCUUUGAAGUUUUUCAACAUCACUGGUCAGACAAUGGAGAGUUUUGUGAAGUCACUGGAUGGGGAUGUCAAGGAACUCGAUUCUGAUGAAAAUCAGUUUGUUUUUGCUUUGGCUGGGAUUGUGACAAAUGUCGCUGCCAUAGCGAGUGGCCGUGAAUUCCUGGUUAACUCCAGCCGGGUGCUCUUGGACACCAUCCUGCAGCUCCUGGGACACCUGAAGCCAGGACAGUGCACCAAGCUCAAAGUGCUAAUGCUGAUGUCCCUAUACAACGUGAGCAUCAAUUUGAAAGGCUUGAAGUACAUCAGUGAGAGCCCAGGGUUCAUCUCUUUGCUGUGGUGGCUUCUGAGUGAUCCAGACGCAGAGGUGUGUCUUCAUGUUUUGCGACUUGUCCAGUCAGUGGUUCUGGAACCAGAAGUUUUCUCCAAGUCGGCCUCCGAGCUCCGUAGCUCCGUGCCCCUGCAGCGCAUCCUGGCCAUGUCCAAGAGCCGCAACCCCCGCCUGCAGACCGUGGCCCAGGAGCUCCUGGAAGACCUUCGAGCUCUGGAGUGUGAUGCGUAG